AUGCCUUCUUCCAUCACCCUUACCGUCAGCCACCUCCCAACAUCAACCUCCUUCUUCCUGUCUGCUCUCCAACCGUUGAAUUACGUUUUUCGUGGCAGAGAAGAACACACAAUCGGAUUUGGUCCCGUGUCGCCACCCAAUACUCCGGCAGAUUUCUGGAUCACACAAGAAAUUCCUGGUGUCCCGGCUGGUGCUGCUCACGUUGCCUUUCCAGCUUCGUCUCGGGCACAAGUCGAGGAUUUUUUCCUGGCCGCUCUCAAGGCUGGUGGCAAAAUCCACGGCGAACCGUGUCAACGGGAUGCCUCAGGAUAUUACUCCGCCGCUGUGAUUGAUUUCGAUGGCAACUCCAUCGAGGCCGUAUACAGGCCAGGAUUCAGCGAUGAGUCAAAUAAAGAAAAUGAAGACGUGGCGAGUGUGGUUUCACACAGGUCGAGAAGUGUCAAGGCUCCGUCCAAAAGUGUUGUUUCUACCAAGGUUCCCACCGUGGUCUCUCAAGCUAGAAGCAAAGCACCAUCUCAGACCAGAAGUGUCGCCGCUCCUUUUUCCGUGUCCAGCUUAGCAACACCAACACCCGAACAAACACAACCGAAACCUAAGCCUCAAGGUGACGUACUCGACACCUUGAUCAAUGAAGCACACAGUGCGGCAAAUGUGGCCCGAAACCUGGUCAACAGUGUCCGGCCCAACCUCACCGCAUCAGCCUCGUCGGCACCUUCUACCCACUCCUCCAGUAAUGGUGGUGUCGGAGCAGGUGAAGCCAUUGUCGGCACCCUCCUCGGGGUCGCUGCCGGUGCAGCUCUGCACUACGCCUUCACCAACCGGUCCAAGGAGAGCCAGUCCAAUGACCAAGACGAACCAAAACCUCAAUCACGUCGGCCCUCGGCCGUUGGCCGUAGUAUAACGGACCCCGCCAUAGCCCGCCCAGAAUAUUCGUCUGUUGGAUCGGGCGCCUACUGCCAAGCCACAGGUGGACGAGGUUAUCGCGCAAUUGAGCCCGCCCCUUCUGCUUAUACAUACGACCAAGAUGGAGGCCAGCGAUUGAUCACCAUGCAAGAUAACGAUCCACCCCAAACCCUGGUUGCUCCACGCUCUGAAUACGCAUCGACAAUCCGCCCACCGUCGAGGAGAAUGAGCGUCGACUCUGGUUUUGGCCCUGGUCCUCGAGAUCAGGACCGACAUCUAGACAAAGACGCCGUAUCCUCGCAUGUGUCGUCCAAAGCUUCGCGACACUCUAAGAAGGGCAUGAAGGCUCUCGAAGCCCCGCCGACAAGUUAUCGCGCCCCCACGGUUUUGACCACCGCCGAGACACAGGCGUCCGGGAAGGAUAAGCUGAAGGCUGGAUCUCGUAGCGGCUCGAGAUCCCGAACGCGCAGCCUGUCGAGGAUUAUGAGUCUGAGUGGGCGACCGGAGGAGAAACCGACGCGGUCACGAUCACAAUCCCGCCAUAGCUCGAGGAGGAGCCGUCGAGACGAGUUUGACGACGAAGCAACAACGGUCCUUCGCGUCACGGAAAAACUCCAUCGGACGACCAGCCAACAAUCGCGUGCGGAACACGAGCAUUCCCAAGUCCAUCAUUCAACUUCACAAGUUGGAUCUAAGGCCCCUUCGCGCGCAAGCUCGAGACACACCGCUUUUCGCACCAAAGCACCAGACCGUGACCACGAACCGCAUGAAUACCCGCUCCCGCCAUCCCGCGCGGCGACGUGGGCAGGCUCCGAGGCGGGCAGUUUCGUGUCGGCACGCUCGAAGCUCGGACCGGCCAAUAUUGUGAGUGCUCCUAGGACUAUCAUUGGGAAACUCAACCCCCUUCGAACCGGAAAUGACACGCAGUGUCAUGAUUUCGUGGCUCCAAAAACUGAAAGUGUGGUGUCCAAGCAGAAGGAUCUCGCGCGGCUUGAUGUUACGGAUCGUGAGGUCAGGCCUGAAGACAGUGUCAGUCAGAUUUCGGUGGAUAGUCGGAGGAGCAAGAGGAGUAAGGCGAGUAGCCGACGGUAG